UAUUUGGAUCGUUGUUUAAGAUUCGACAGACAUCUCGAUGCGCGGCACGUGCUCGAGCUUAAUAGCUGUUAGACCACCAUCCAAAAAGUCAUGAAGGAACACUUGGAGAGGUACAAGAGACCCGAGGGUAUAAUCAUGUUCCGCAGGAUGUUAAUGUUCAAAUUCGGUUGUAACUGGCAGAUUUUCAAGAUACACGGAAGCCUACCCGCCAAUUACCUUACAACAAAUGUGAUCACAUCUGUACCGCAAAACACUUAAAGUGACCGGUUCUCGACAUUUUCUCGGGAUUAGAUCUGCCGAGAAAUUCUUAUUCACGGUUAAUUCAUUUAAUUUCCACCUUCAGAGCGGAAAUAAACUAUUAGAUUCUUUCCUCCAGAAAAGAAUCACUCGACGCCGAAAUCGACCGGUUGUUUAACCGAAGUUCCAGAGCGAAACGCGCAAAAUUUUCGAGGGACACGAGUUGGGGGAAUCGAGGCGAAAGCAUGGGAACCGGUGGCAGUUUGCCGACGAAUAUGAGCAUAGAACCUCCCCCGUUACCGCCACCCUUUCUUGGGGUGAAUCAAAGGUCGGAAGGUCCGAGGUCUUCGGGUACUUCGGAAGACUCUUCGGCAAGGACGCCGAGUCGAGCCAGUGUCGCCACUUUCAGCGGACCUCACUCUCAGGGUCCAAGCCCAUAUGCAACUCUGAGGGGAGAGGAGUGGUGGCAGCAGAGACCUUCAGCUCCGAGUCUUGCGAAUCUUCAGAGCCAGCAAGAGACCUUGUUGACAUACGCAGCACAGAUGACAGGCUGGCAGGCGAGUGGGGGACCAGGUCCUUCGACGGUUCCUCAGGAUGCAGGGGACUUUUCGAGGACGGUGUCAUAUUUGGCAAUGGCGAAUCAGCAAUUGGCUUCUGCCCACAACACGGUCCUGGCCCACCUUGAAGCCCUUUACUCCGAGUUAAGGAGAGACAGGGAUCUUAAAGAAGAUCCUUCCUCCCAAGGGACCCUGGAGAAAAACUCUCAGAAGAGGGUCGAAGAAACAGACGAAAACAGGGAACUGAAGCUGCAUAUUGGAAGACUGGAAGCCUCGAUUGCUGAGAACACAAGGUUCUUCCAGACCCAGCAAUCUCUUCAGCGCGACGAGGAGAAGAAACUUCGUGGCCAGGUCGAAAGGUUGGAGGCCUUGCUAGCCUCGAAGAACGAGGAGAUCUACACGAUCAGAGGAAGAUCGCAGGGGGCUAGCAGACUUGAUGAAGAGAAAAGAGAGCUGAAGAGACGUUUGGAUGCCAUGGAAUGUUCCUUGGCCAGGAGACACGUCGAGAUGUCCGAGGAGGGAAAAGAGAAGGAACGCCUGAGGAACCGGAUAUGCGAAUUGGAGAACAUUUUGGUAGCUAGGAACUCGAAGAAGGUGUCCGGUUCCAGUGAAGGCGCCUCUUCGGACAGGAUGAAAGAAGACUACCAAAAAGCUCUUGCCAAAAUCGAGGACCUGGAAGCCAAGUUGAGAGUGACUAGGCAUGGAGGAUCAUCCGCUGAAGACGAUCCUGGCAACGAAUAUAGGAAAGCUGUCAACAGGAUUCAGGCACUGGAAGAAGAACUCGAUUCUGUCAGACAAAAAGGACUGAGGAGGAAGCGUGAUGAUGGCACGAGUAGGAUUUUGGGGCUGGAUAUUAAAGUAGAAAAUGUGGGAGCAGAUAAAGCAGAGUCGAUCUCCAAUUUGGAUGGGUCCAAUGGGGAAGAGAUAGCCAGGUUGCUGGGUGAGAUCGAGAAGCUGAAGAUAGAUAAGUCGGAGUCUUGGGAAGUGAACAAGAAGCUGAAGAAGGACUUGGAAGGACAGAAGAAGAUGAUCGACAAGCUGAAGGAGGACUACAAGGUUUCAAAGACUCAAUAUGAAAAGGUUGAGCGUAGCCUGAACGAGAGGAAGGAGCAGUUCAAUAAGCUGCUCGAGGACUUCGAUCUCGCUAAGCAGGAAACUGUGAGACUGUUAAAGGAGUUAGAUGCAUUCCAUCUAGAGAAGGAUACUGCCAAUGCCAGGAUAUCAAAUUUAGAGCAGGACCUGCAGAAUUCCUUGCUGGAAAAGGAGCACAUCAGGAGCGUGGAGAGCCAGAAGAGCUCGCAAUUGCGCGUACAGUUGUCCGAGGAGGUUUCGGACAAGAAGAAGCAAGUGAAGGCCCUCGAAGAUGCGUUGGAAGAGAUCCAAAGACUGAAGAGUACCAUAAAAGCCGGGAAGAAAGUGAAUUCCGAUCCAGAGGACGAACCUGUAGCGGUGACUGAAGAACCUUCCAUUCCCGAGCCUAUCGUCGAGGCAGCGGGAGAUUCGGCAGGGAAUUCCAGUGGAACUAGUAUGGAGGAAUUCAAGAAGGAAUUAACCCUUAAAAGGGAAGCAAGGCAGCGAGCAAUCGCAGCCGUGUCUUCCGAAAUGGAACGACUCAGACGCGAGUUGGAUGCCGAGAAGGAAGCACAUUCCGAAACCUCCAGGAUUCUGGAGUUGCUCAGGUCUGGACAAACGAAAGCGAAUGUCGAAAACGAGGGCGCAGGUAAAGCGGAAAAUUCUGAAGAGAAGGUCGACAACAUGGAAGAUAAUGGAAGAUUGAAGGAGGAAUUGAAAUUGGAGAAGGACUCGCACGAGGAGACGGCGAAGCGAAUGGAAGCUCAAAGACUGACAGACACGUUGAAGGUCUCGGACGAGCUGAAGAAUAACAUGCGUCUUCAGACCGAGAAGGUGGACGACCUGCGGUACCAACUCGAAAGCGAUGCCGACCAACAUCGACACAGAAUCGAAUCUUUGCAAGAGUUGGCUAGAACGAGUCGAGAAGCCUUGAAGGUCCGCGAACGACAAGUGAAUAAAUUGAAAGACCUUUUGGCGCAGAUCUUGGCCAGGCUUGGGGACAGGAGCUUUUUGGAGAUUUCUGACGAUGUUCGAGCCGAGUACGAUCAUCAGCUGGAGAACAUAAGAGGGCUUAAAGCUCUUUACGAGGCGCGAUUGAAGGUGAUCACCGAGUUGAAGGACAGUUCCACGAAAGAGCUCAUUGAAGCCAAGGAGAAAUUGGAGGGUUUGAAGAAGAGGAACGAGUGUCUGGAGGAGGACCUGAAAAAAGCUGACGAAAAGAUAGACGCUCAGGACACGGAAAUCUCGAAUUUGGAGUCCCAGCUGGGGUUGACCAAAGCAGACUGCAGAGAUCUGCAAAAUCAAAUGUCUGUGAUAAACAGUCUCUUUACGCAAAUGUUACUUAGCGCAUCAUCUGCAGACAUGGACUUGGACAGGUUGACUCGAUUGCUGCAGGAAAAUCACGAUCUGAUCAGCGACAUGGCACGGGAAGAAGGUACCGAAGCUGCCGCAUUACCGAAACUCCUUCUCGAUCUUGUUGAACAAGUCGAAGGCCGCAACAAGGCUCACAGUUCCGGCAUUGACGGCGAAAAAAGAGAGGACGACCUUCAGGAAGAAAAUAUUGCGCACAAUUUACCUAAGGUGUGGCGCGUGUUGCUGGAAUUGCUGAGCUGUCACGCAGUCGGCGCUCCAACGACUUCGGUAGCUUCUUCGUCUGCUCCUGAUAGCUGCUACAAGUCCGUGGACACUCCGACAGGUCCCAGGCUGGUGAUAUCGGUCAGCAAGACUUACAUAAGACUGAAGGAACUGAUCCUGGAAAAGAAGUCCCUGGAGAAGGAAAUGAACAGGAUGAAGCAAUUGAACAAUCAUUUGGAGAGUAAACUUGGAGAACAGGAGAAAAGGCUGUCCAUGGUGUCCGAUGAGUUGAGCAAGACGUGGAACAUUGUGGGAAGAAUGCAGGCCCAGCAUCAGCAGCUGCACACCCACGAGAAGAUUCUCAGAUACGAGCUGCAGCAGAAGCGGAAGAUGCUGCAAGAGCUGAAGCAAGAGUUGGAAUAUUGCCGAGAAAAAUGGGAGUCGGCUAGGCAAAAGAAUACAAAUACUGAAAUUGAAUGGCGCAGUCUUCGCAGGGAAUUCGCAGCGAGAAAGGCAAUCGCCUCUCACGAUUCCUUCAACAAUAGCGGAGAGAGUGGCUUUAGCGAUGAACGAGGAGACGAUUCGGAUGAAGAGGAUGAAGCCGUUGAAGAGAGGUUAAGGAUUAGUCCUCGCAGAAGGGCCAGGAAGGAGAGUCCAAGAGCGCCAACUCCUGACACGGAGUCCGAACAACCGACUGAUACCGAAUUGUCAGAAUCAAAGACAGGUUCUUCGAUAACUCUGGAACAGAGAACCCCAACGCCAGAAACGGAAACCGAGGUGGAUGCAGAAAUUAUUGAUGUAGAUCCUGCGGUGGAGUCAGAUCCUGUUAGUCCUACAUCUGCGGAUGCCAACGAAGAAACUGAGUCCAUGGAUCCCCUGGACCAGGCUCUGACCAAUGUCAUCCAGAACCUCAUUAGGAUAGACAGCAACCCCUCCGUUGCUACAACUUCUACUUCCAGGGACGCCUUACAGAUUGUAACAUCCACUACGAGGGAGCCAUCUACACCUGGUAGAAGUAAGGCACCGACUUUGAAGAAGAGGAACUUGAAGAAGAACAUUAAAGACCGCUGUGCAUACAAUGAACCCUGGCAACCUCGAGUCACGGAUUUCAACGCUGCUGAGACCUCAGAACUUUCCGAAGUUUCACAAGAGGGAGGAUUAGAAGACGAAGAAGUGAAACCGUCUUCUGGAAAUGAUGCUCCGAGCCAGGUGGAGACAUCAGGUGCAGCUUUGCACUCUGAGACUAAAGUUGAUGGAAAGACCGCUAAUGUUUCUAUACUAUCAGCGACUCCUGUGGAAGAGAGCGCUCUUCAGGAAGUGACUUCGCCAGAGGGUGGUAAAUUUGAAAGCGCCGUUGAAGAAGAGAAAGACCUAGAUGGUGAGAAACGUCUCGUGAAUGAAGAACCUUCCAUGUCAUCUGUUUCACCUGUGUCGUCCGUGUCACCUGUGCCACCCGGACUGUCCGUGUUCACCAUAGGACCCUCUCCCUCCAUUAAGUCAUCUCUACCCCUGAAAAGCGUGCAGUUCAGCGACCCCCUCGUAAUGGGACCUUCUAAUCAAAUUCUAACUUCAGUUUUCGGGCCGCCUUCGUCAAUUGGUCGCCAUGAUCUGGGAGAGUCGCGAAAUCACCCCUUCAGCCUUAGAGGAGAUGACGAAAGCGUUGCUGAAGAGGCUGACGACAAUCGGCAGGAGAAGAGGUCUGUCAGAAUAAACUCGGACGUCGCCGAGAUUGACAAUCCGUCCCCGGAAUCGUCCUCCAGCGUAGAGACUGUUAAGGAGUUUCCGAUAAGGAGGAAGAAACUCCCGGAAGAGUCUUCAGGGUCUUCGAACAUCGACCCAUCAUCCGAGGCCAAAAUAAAUUCACCAAAGCCGGACCUCGUUGGUGAAUCAACAUCAAUUUUAACGUUAGAAGUUCCUGAAGUGACCGACGUGUCCAAAGAAGGGAAGCCCAAGACUCUGGAGCCUUGUUCAUCAACAUUCGAACAGAGACCUUCCACUUCAUCGUCUACCUCUGAUCCUAAACCUGUGCGCAGCCAUGAAGAAGUUCUCGCUGCACGAGCUGCGAGGUUGAAGCGUUUGGAGGAACAAGCCGACUGGUUGAUGAAGAAAAUGAACGCCACUAGUCAGAGAGGAUCCGCUCUCAGUACAAGGCUUGAAGAGCUUCAUGAAGUUUAUGGAGAACCUCCAACCCCUCCACCCCUACCGGACAUUUUGCCUUCCGUCAGACUGGAAACCGAUCUCCCUAUUAAUCAGGUAUCGGAAACUCCGAAUCUAGAAGUCACGGAGAAGCCACCUCCGAACGAUGCACCCUGAAGUUUUUGGAUCGUUUAAUCGCUUUUGGAUGUACCUAUGAGGGAUGAAGAGUGAGAUUGAAAUUUCUGAGGAUCUCACCUCGAGGAAGCGGAUAGGAUGUCCGGAAAGGAGCUUCGUUUGUCCUCCAGGAGUUUCGUUUUCCUUCGACUGACUUUCGAGCCCUUUCAUGAAGUCAGUCUUCGAAUUCUCUCGGACAUUUGUUCAUUUGAUGAUAUUUACGCUAAUGGUGAAAUUACUGCACGACUUUGUAUAGUAUUCAUCAUUCUGUCCGCGACUUCGUCGGGGCAGAUAUGACGUUAAAAGACUUACGAACAUUUAAUUAUUUUUCACGCCCGAAAGGCAGUUUUAAAAUGUAAGAUAGGCGUUCUCGAGUAUUCGUAGAUCGAGCGAUUCGCGACAAAUAUUGAUAAGAGAAGAUCGAUUUUUGUGAGCGCUCCGUGUACGUGAAUUUAGUUCUCCUCGAUUUCAUUCUCGUAUUGCAAUUCUCAAUUAUCGAGAAAUGACUUUUUUUCUUGGAUUAAUUCCUCAGGGUAUAGUAAUUGUUAAAGAGAAAAGAGGUGAUCGUUCCUUUAAAGCGGGCGCUAACGAUUCCACGAUUUUUAGCAAGCGGUGGGGUACGUCGACGUCCUAUUACUCUAAUUAAAAAUAAAAAGUAACGUUUAAGUGGAUUUUUCUCUAAAAGGUGAAGAACAAGACGACUGGAACGAGGGGGUACAUUUAGUGGGAUUGGUAUCAUUUAUUUUUCAAAUAGUCAACCAUCUGGCGCAGUGAAUAUGUUCACUUCUCAAGAGUCUCCGCGCUCCUCGUCCGCCGAAACGUAGAAUACAUUAUAUGAGAUAUGUAUAGUAUUCACAAGAUUUCUAUCAGAUUUCCACGUCAAUAAUAAAAUUCGUACAAAAUGAUUUGUAUAACAAAAACAGCUAGGUA